AUGAAGCCAGCAGAGAUCAGAUUCUCUCUACAGAGACCUCUACAGCACAGACAUCCAGACAUGGCACCUACAAUCACUUCAGCAAUGACCAACUCUCAGGAACAUCUGACUCUGACACACAAGCUCAGAAAGCCUCAGGUGGAGAAGUUACGCAGAGAGCGAAUCAACAGCAGCAUUGAGCAGCUCAAGUCUCUCCUGGGUCCAGAGUUCCUCAAACAAGAGCCAGACUCCAAGCUGGAGAAAGCAGACAUCCUGGAGAUGACAGUUUGUGUCCUCAGACGACUGCAGCAGCAGAAUCACCAGCAGAGAAGACUGCUGAACCACUUCAACAAGCUGCAGCCUUCCUCUGAUAAGAACCUGAGAGAGGCUGACUUCUCUCCUCUGAGCUCCACAGUCCAGACCAGCAACACCAAAGAGAAGAGUCCAGUCAACAGCGCCCCCUGGAGGCCGUGGUAGACGACAAGACUGAAGUUUCUACCAGACAAACUGAGACGACCACAUUGGUCAAAGAAUACUGGACUGAAAUCUAUGAGAUUUUAUGAAAAUGUUUUUCUUCAAUUCUUGUCAUGCAUGUUGCAUGAUCCAAAUCUAAUUGCUUCAGCAAUUGUUUUAUAUCACUGUACUUUAUGUAUAGCUGGUAUAUGAUCCGGUUACAUUUGUAAUCCUUUAAUAUGAUUGAUCAUACUGAACAAAAACAUUGACCUGUCCUAUUGAAGACAUAUUGUCAUCAAGGAUCUUCAUUUGAUAUUUCAUAACUGAUCUGUUAUAAGAUCUAAUUUCUUAUCCUUUCUUGUAAAGGUUUUCUUAACAUCACAUUUUUCUUGUGAUACUUUUAUUACUUCCUGCAUGUGAUACAUGUCUAUAUGUUUGACUGCACAUCAUGUGCAGCAACAAUGUGGAGGAAUUUAUUACCUCUUGAUAAUUAUUCUUCAUUUUUAAUUCAAUGAAAAU